AUGAGAGAGACAGUAGCACCCCCUCCCCCACCUGUCAAGAACACCACCUCCCUCCUGUCACUGCUACACAACUGUUCUAGUCACCAACACUACCCUCAGGGUAGUGUAGGCAGUGGGUCGCCUCCGCCUGCGCCUGUCAGGGACGUCUCAAGUCUCAAGGCGGUGCGCUACGGCCCGGGACAUGAGAAGUACCCUUCGUGGCCGGCUCCAGCGGCGCCCCGCACCUCCCUCGGUGGCUCCAGCAGGUCCAAGUCGUGGACGGACCAGACCCACUACCCCAAAGAGGAGCCGCCCUCGAUCAGUCGACCUUACAACAAGCGCAUCAACCCUCUCUUCAGUCAACAGUUGAAGACAGUGAUGGAGAGGUGCGAGAAGAUCGGCCCAGAGUCGUAUCUUCCUCGCCCAGAGUGUGACGGCAGCCGGGACUACAACGUUCCUUCGCCUCCGGAGAGAGACAUUGGUCUGACACAAGCGGACCUGGAGGAGUACACUCGCACCUUCCAAGACCCUUCCUUCACCCAGCUGGAGUCUCAGCUGACGCAGGCCGAUCUGGAGCAGUACAGCCGAGCGUAUGACGAGGCGUCGCUGCGGACAGUACAUCAGACGCAAGCCUCCUACGCGCAGUCCGAGGGCUACCACAGCUACGUGUCCAGCACCGACUCAACCACCACCACACCUUUCUUGGACAGGCUGCGCAGGGAGAGUGAAGCUGCGAGGUUGGAAGGCCACGAGUCGAGCGCAAGUUCCGGCUCAUCUAGUGAGACACUCAAGUGGCACGGAUCGUUGAGUGAUGUGUCGAGUGCUGGUGGCAGCAGUACCAACUGUCCUCCCCUGAUUGCUCACUCCGCUAAGGUGCAGACGCCACAGAGGCAUCAUAGCGAGAGUGUUUUGUAUCUGAGUCAGUUGGUACGCAACAAUCAGCUCAACAACCAGAGGAAACUGUUCCCUGUCAGUACCUACACUGUACAACCAUCACAGGAGAUCUCUCCCAGGUCGCCUCCGAUGACAGUGGCGGAGAGGAUCAGUGAGCUGGAACGACAGCAGGCAGCACCACAACAGCCGAGACUGCCGUUCUCGUACGACCGCAAUCCUCACGACUCCUCCCGCGUCACGGAUCAUGCCUCGCUCAAAGCCAUCCAGAAGAAAGCUCUGUUGUCGUUCUACGAGAGGCAUCAUUCCACGUGGAAGUCAGAACCUCAGCUGAGCCCCCCUCAACCUCCUCCGAGACCUAAACCUCCCCCCUCCUCCUCAGCUGCUAGCAGACGAUCAUCAUCUGCGUCUGACUACGCUGGUUCUGCUAGGAGAGAGGCGAAGAUUGGGCAUUCGGCGAAGGAUAAACCAGUAGCAACUGAACAAGAGAAUGGGACUCUGUCAGCAAGACAUCAGCAUAGUUCUAGUUGUGGGUCGCUGUCAACUGCAGUGUCCGGCCCCUUCAUCAUGGGUCCCUCCAUCUCAAUAGAUGACUGGGUCCCUGCUCGGCCUCCCAAGAAGCCUCAUCUACGAGCAGCCUAUCCCGUGCCUCGCUCAUCCAGUCCAGAUCUUCCUCCUCCUUCACCGCCACCGGUUGUAGAAGACGAAGUUUUUGUCUCAGACGAACCCCUGCCUCCCCCUCCCCCUGAGGAUCAACUGCCUGACAUGAAGUCAAUGAUCUCAUCUUAUCCAAGAUCUCAAGACUCUAAACACCAUUACGCCAACAAAUCUUACUUGGACAAUUCUACAUCGGAAUCUCAAAAAUCUUACUUCCCUGAAAGAUCAAAACCCGAACCUCAGUACGAGAACCAGCCGGAGUUAAGAAGGUGUUCCAAAGUGAGAGAAUCCUGUAGAGCUUCUUUCAUGUCGAGUAGGGAGAAGGAUUCUGAAUACGCCGAAAGAAAGGCUCGUGAUGAGAGCUCGCUGUCAAACGUGAGCAAAAGUAGAGCGAUAUACCAACGCCAAAAAAGUUUAGAGAGUUACUUUAAAAAUAGUAGUUUAAAAGAAGACUGUGGUAUUAGAGACGAUCAAAUUCCUGUUGGUCCGAGGAUCAAUUUAGAUAGGAGGAGUAUCGAGACGUUAUUUCCAGCGAAAUCCGAUCUUAGUUUGAAAAACUACGAGGACUUACAGCCGGCUUCUUUAGAUAGUAAUAUUUCUCUAAACGAAAAUCACAAUCAGAGGUUUAAUAAACCAGGUCCACAGACGCCUGUGGACAAAAAACAUAGUUCCUCUCUGUCUAAACCUUUCGGCUUAUCCGUUAAUCCUCUCAGAGCAUUAGACAGUAACUCUACUUUCCGACAUAUACAGAAUCAGUUCAUCAGGUCAGCGAGUGUAAGGAGGGAUCUACAUUCGUCUCAGUCAAACGAAGAAAAGUCUGAUAGUUGUAAACCGUUCCAACAAAAUGCCGAGAGAAAAUCAAUGAGGUAUUCUACCACUAAACAGUUUUUGGUAAACUCCAAGAAGACUGUGCUACCUUCUCCAGUUCAGAAUGGCAGGUUGUCUCCGCCAUCAAAAGUUCAACAACUCAUUCAAAGUUCUAAAAUUACUACAAAACCUCUGAAUUUGCUGGUGAACUCAAACAAGUUACUCCCGACCAAGUACAGUCCGGACUAUGCCACCAUCCCCUCAGAGCCUCCGAGUCACGUCAGACAGCUGCCUCAAAGUCUCCCGGCGCAGUGUCCACCUACCAGUCUACAACUGAGUCAGUCAAAAGCCUCGUACUUAGCUUCAUACCGCAGGGAGCCGAGGGAGCGAGAGAAAGGUCUUCCGAACUUUGAGGGGAGUUACAAGAGGACAAUGUCACCUUCUGGAGGUCACAUUAUCCACUCUUCAGAACCAAUGAAGGAGAAGUCAGCAAGUCAAGAUUCCGGGCUCGAUGACAAACAGUCGUAUUCUGAAGGGAGUAAAAGUCCUAGUCAAGAGAACCUCGCAAGUUCUACAGUCUCAUCUUGCGAUGACAUCGAAAUGUCCAAAACGUUGCCGAGAAACUACUCCUUGUCUUUGCUAUCUCCUACUAAGCGACCGACAAGGACGCCCAGGACCCAGUCCGACCCGAUCAAAGCUACUCCACGCGAAGUCAUUGAAGAAGUAACGAAAGUUUGCGAAUCAUUAGACGUGGAGGUGAAGUGCGAAAGACUCCAACCGGAACUAGAACCGGAGAAUAAAUCUGUUAGUGAGUCGUCCACGGACGAAUCCACAAAGCAUAGUGACUCUAGUUCGAGUGUAGUGAGUGUGAGUGAGGCGGAGAGGACAAUUGAGGAACCGCUGCGGCUGGUGCAGAGGACGGAGGUGACGCUGAGAGUUAACGCCCCGACAACGGACACAGCUUGUCAGACGGAAACAUUGGCCACUCCUCUACCCACCAUCAGACCACAGCUGAAUGAGGAGAUAGAAUGUGAUCAGCUGUCUAGGGACUUGGCCAGUCAGCUGAGCCCUUCACACAGGCUACAUGGCAUCCUGGUUCCGGGCCCAGAAGUGAAGAGGUCCAUGGACUAUGUCAGUGGCCUUUUCCGACUAGACAUGGCACCGAGAUCUCGAGCGUCUGUCGCAAGCACCACACAAACCACUGUGUCCCUCCCUCCGUCAGACUUUGUCGGCGACAUCGUCAGUAAGGAGGACGAGACUGUUAAAGAGAAGGAGACAAACGAGAGGUUAUCAUCGGACUCUGCAUAUUUUACAACGUCCGAGUGUAAAGCUCGACUCCUGCUCAACUCACAGAACCAACCGACACCUCUGCCAGGCAAUACCAACCUGCACCAGAAGAAGGAGGAGCUGGUGAACCGACUGUCACGCAAGCUGAGCGUGCUGCGCGCCGAGGCAGUAGCUGUGGAGGAGGAAGGAGAAGUGAAUGAGGCGCUCGGCGCAAGUGUGGGUGACAGAGUGUCAGCGCUCGCCAAGCCACAGGAGGCAACAAAGUUCCGUCUUCACAUCAAGGAAGUGGGACACAUCACGAGUCUCCUGUUGGGACUGUCAGGGCGACUAGCGCGCGCUGAGAACGCCCUUCUCACACUGCCUGACGACCAUGUGGACAGGAAAACUCUGGAGGGCAAGAGAGACAAACUUCAAACACAACUCGAGGAAGCAAAAGAGCUGAAGCGAAACAUCGACAGACGGAGUGAUUCAGUGUCGGCGAUGCUGUACAAGUAUUUGACCGCUGAGGAGUACGCAGACUACGACCACUUCAUAAACAUGAAGGCAAAACUGCUCAUAGACUCCCGGGAAAUAUCCGACAAAAUCCAGCUGGGUGAAGAGCAGUUGGCGGCCCUGCGAGAAACGCUGAACGAGCCGAGGUGAAAUGUUGGCAACAAUGAUCGAUCAAUGUCGACUAGUCAUCAUCACAAUCAGUGGCUUCGAGUACUUUAACGUUACCUUGCUCAUUUAUGCAUUUCUUCUGACUGUUCUCUAGUAUUCACGUUCCGCGAGCUCUGUAAAUGUAGUUAACAUGAACAAUAGUCAUCAGUGUGCAAUAGAGUUAUGUGAUAACUGUAAACCUUGUAGCAUACUAAAUCUGCCAUAGGCUGUUAACGACUUACAUAGGAUAUUUAGAACAGCAUAUUGUCUUCUAUACAGAUAGUCUUACGAACAGUGUUUGAUUGUAAGUUUAUUUCACUACUGUUAACUUUCUGUUCUGCUUUUGUGUUGUCUCGAAACGAAUGUACUUACACUCAAUUUUACUGAGUUUGUCUUUAUACAGCAUAGAGCGUGAUUAAUAAUCAAAAUGUUUAUGUUAAGUAUAUCAAGCUUUUCUGUGAAUAGGUACAAAAAUGUAGACAACUGUAAAUUUACAACAAAAAUUAAACUGAAAGAGAGUAAAGAAUAUAUUGUUCCCAUGUGAAUUCCACUUACUUCUAAUAGAAUUACAUAAUUUCCCUUUUAUUUUAAAUUUAUAUCUCUUAAUGAAAAAGUUGUAAUAAGAAAUAGUAUUUACAAACACUUCAAGUUAGUGCAAAAUAACUUAAGUUUAUCCAAAUGUGGAAUUACAAGUAUUGCAAGUCACUUAAAAUUUAUAAAAGUCUUUUUGAGGAAAAAGCAUUUGGCUUAGGAAUACAUCAAGGAAGAAGAAAUGGAUGUACAACUAACUUAAAAGAGUUCCAGGUAAUUCAAAGCACAAAAAAUAAUUCACAACACAAUAAAGUUUAUAUUUCACCUCUGCAAGGGGCUUCUUCACAAGAAAAUUUUCAAACUUUUUUCUUCUCAAGAAGCCCAUUGUAGGAGCGAAAUAUCAAGUUUAUUGUGUUUUGAAUAUUUUUGUGUACUUUAAACUACCUAGAACUUUUUCUAAGGUAAGUUUGUUGGGCACAUUCCUUCUCCCUCAGUGUAUUACAUUUGUAUAAAACAGUUCCUUUACUAAUAUUUACAGACAAGACAAAAUAACUGUGUAUAUUGAAUAAAGAACAAGUUAAAAACCAAGUCCAACCCAACUGGAAAGUAUAGGUCUAAGAUAGAAAAUUGAAUUGUAACCAAAUCAUUUACUCGACUAGGCUAGUUGUAACUAGACCGACGUCCCUAUCUUCACAUGUAGUCAGACGACUUCAUGUUGAAAGAUGACAUAGUAAGGUGAACAGACAAACCUCUUCAUAUUUGUAUAUUCACUUGAUAUCAAAUACUUAAAGAUGGUUUUGUCUGUAUGAUGAAAAUAUACAAAAUUAUGGAUACAAAAAAUUAAUUGUACAAAUGCAACUACUAGCAAAUAAUAUUCUUAUCUCUGCAAAAAAUAAGUUUCCUUCCACUGAUUAGGUUUCUAAUUCUACAAUAAUUGAUUUCUUUACAUAAAAACUGUUAUUUGUAUCUGAUAAAUAAAAAAAAAAUACAUUAAUUUUCUUUUAAGAAUCCUCUGAUUUUUGUGAUUAAUUUCAGUGUUUGUUGGAUUAAUGUGGAAAAUAACUAGAGAGGCUUUGGUUAUACGAGAUUGAAUGAAUUUCCUCUAUUUGUUAGGUUCUAUGAUUUGUCUGUUGUAUGUUUAUCUUUAUUUGUAUACCGAUAACUGUGUAAUAUAUUUUGUAAAUAAAAAAAGCCCAAGGUGCUCUUUAUCUACUGAAAA